AUGUCGAACCAAAUUCUUGCCAGGAGGAAGCCGAAUACAACCCGGAUUUUCACGAAGCUCAGGGAGAGGAAGAUCGGAGGUAGUGAAAAUCAACGUCCAAAAUACCGACCAUCUACCGUACAUAGAGCUGCCGGAGUUUCAAGGAUCCUCAUCGCAGGAGCAAUCAUGCUCUGUUCAAGAGGUGACGUAAUCCUUAAUCCUGUUAACAACAAUCCGGGAAUCCUUUUGCUUAAACAAGGGCGGAUAAUGAAACAAAUAGAUAUUUUUAAUUUAGCAUGUGUGUAUAACAUGACUUAUUUGCAGUCAACCAUUAAUGAGUUAGCGACAUUAUUCGCAAGCAUAAAUAACACAGAAUUGUAUACAAUGCAUACAGAUCAAGUGCAAAAUUCUUUUAGAGCUCAAAUAGAACAUAAUCUAUCUUUAGUGAAUAGAAAAAUUGAUUAUAUUAUUCCCCAGAAUGUUAGGCGCAAACGAGGUCUUAUUAACGGUUUAGGCUCAGUUAUAAAGUCCAUAACAGGUAAUCUAGAUCAACAAGACGCUCUUAAAUUUGAAGCUGAUAUUUUGGCCAUUAAAAACAAGGUUACUUCUAUGCAAAAGGUUCAAAAGAAGACAUUAGUAAUAGCCGAAAACACGAUAAAAGAAUUUGGUCUCCAAUUAGAUAAAAUCAAUGAAAAUCAGCGAAAGUUAGUUUUGUAUUUGGAGAAUACAACAAAGACGAAUGAUGUGCUAGCUAAUCACGUUCGUAACUUAGACAUUUAUGUUCAAAUAGAUUUUAGUUUGCAAAUUAUAUCAGAUAAGUUAAUGAUAUUAGAAGAUGCUAUAACAUUUUCGCAAUUAGGUGUUAUGCACCCAAGUAUUAUAAGUCCGCAGAAUUUAGUAUAUGAAUUAUUACAGCUUGGAAAUAUAUACAAUUUAGAACCAAUUACAGAUUUAAAUAUAGGAAAUAUAAGAGAACUAGAAAGGUCAAUAACAGUAAAAGCGUAUAGUACUAAGCACUCAUUAACAUUUAUUUUACAAAUACCUUUUAUUGAUAAAAGUAUAUAUGAUCUUAUUCAUUUAUAUUCUAUCCCUGAUACCGAGUACCUCACCAUUAUACCCAAAUCCAAAUUCCUUGCACUUGGAAGCGAUGAGUACGCAUACCUCGACAACAGCUGCAAGUCGAUCACCGAGAGCGUUCAUCUCUGCGAGUCUCUGCAAAUGAAAUCCUUCACAAAAUCAGAAGAUUGCAUCGUUAACCUCAUAAAACACAAGAAUGCCAACUGCAGCCGUGUUAAGAUGGUACUAGGUGACAGCAAGAUCCAAAAAACGCGGGACAACACGUGGCUGGUCAUACUUAAGCGAGAAGAGAUCGUAAGAGCACAAUGUGGGACCAACACAUCUUACCAUCGUGCAUCGGGAAUCCAUCUUAUAACCGUAACAGAAGAUUGUCGCGCAGAAGUUGCGAACAUGACGCUGCAGUCACAUGUCACGAAAUUGGACUUAGAUGAAAUAAUACCAUUGCCCCAAAAACAAGACUCACCUGUGGAUGUCGUGCGGUAUCAAGUAAAAUUGCAAGAUCUGGAAUUAGAUAACGUUCAGCGAUUUCGCCGACUAUAG